AUGAAGUCAACUCCACUAAAAAGAAAACAUGUGAGCAGUUUGGAUGCGCUUUUAAAAGCAACUGCAGCAGGAACCGAACAAGCGAAUUCAAUUGAUAAAGCUUUGAAUACACCGACAGAUAGAAUUAUGAAAACGACACUGGAAUUCGAUAAAGUGCACACGAUCAAAGCGACAGAUUCGAGUGAAGUUGAAAAGUAUACUGUACUAAAAGCGACACUUCACGAUGAGAUGGAAGCGGCACGAAAUAUGAAACAACUCGGAAUCACUCCACUCGAUCGGUGCUGUCGUGUCGAACCCAUCCCUCCAGCCUAUCUCAAAUGCAAGAAGAUUUACAAAAAAUCUCAAUAA